GUUCCCCUUCGUCUCUCAGUACGUUGAUGAAGCAUAGUUUCUGCAGGUUUGCAGUUCGCUGCAGCGAACAGCGGUUUGUUCGCAUCGACCCGCCUCUUUCGGCAACACUACGACGUGUGCUCAACAUCAACGGUAAUAUUUAGAGAGAACAGCUGGAUAAUGAGUGCUGCUCAGAGUCAGUCAACACUGGAGGCCAAACUGAAGGCCCUGGAGUGCCACUUCACCUGGGACAUCGACCCCAGCAGGUCCAAACUUUUCCGUCUCAGGGACAAGCUGGAGGACAUCGGCACCGAGGAGGGAAACAGCUGGCUGGGUCACAUUUACAACCUGCAGGGGUACAUUCACUACCAGCUGGGCUUCACUGAAGACACCCGGCGUUUCUUCAGCAGGGCCACAGAGGCCUUCCGCCGGUCAAGAAACACCAGCUCAGAUGAAGGUCUAUGGUUGGUGGUGAACUAUGGGAACCUGGCUUGGCUGCACCACCACCUGGGAGAACACGCAGAGAGUCAGACUUACCUGUCAAAGGUCGACGCCCUGCUGAAAGAAUAUCCAUCUCCAUCUCAGGACGAGCUCCAUCCGGAGAUCUACGCUGAAAAAGCCUGGACCCUGAUGAAGUUUGGCAGAGAGAAAAAGCUGCUGGUUGCAGAUUACUUCCAGAGAGCCAUCAGGAUGCAGCCGGACAUGGUGGAGUGGAACACCAGCUGUGUCAUAGCGUUAAUGAAUGCUUUAAAGCACUGCGAUGAACCACUGGAGGAAGACAUCCUGGAGAAACUGAGAAUGGCCAAGGAACAGGAUCCAGAGAACUUGUACCUUGCUGUUCAUGACCUUGAGCAACGUGCUAAGAGAGGAGAAAGAAUCAAAGAUGAAGCACGUGAGUUAGCCAGAAAGGUUUUGGAAAAUCCUGUGAGCAGCUACAGUGGUAUGAAAGCGUUAUUAAGGGUUUACAAAAGCUAUGUAUCUGUUGAUGAGGCUAUUGAUUUGGCAGAGGAGGCUCUGGAAAAACAUCCAGAUGAACGUUACCUGAAGAGAUGUGCUGCACUCUGCUACAAAUGGAAGAUCCUUUUUGCCAGGGACAGUCAUGUAAAGCAAAGCAUGAUAGACAGAGCAGUCAUUCUCCUUAAAGAAGUGAUUUCUCUUUACCCUCAUGGGUCUCUUGUGAAGAAAGUAGAUCUUGCAAAUAUAUACGCAAAGUCAAAUCACGGCCUGGCUGAAUCUGAGCAGAUUUACCAGGAACUGCUAGAAAUGGAUUUGGAACCUGCAGACAAACAGAUGCUUUACCACUACUACGCAAAGUACUUAAACUUUGAUCUACAAGAUUACAACAGGUCGAUAGAAUAUCACAUGAAAGCAGCAAAGAUACCACAACAAUCCUUCUUUAGAGAGAACAGCAUCAAAGUCCUGAAGAAGAUUAAAGAAAAAAACAGAAGCCGAAAGUGUAGAGAAAUAGAGAGGUUACUGGCCAAGCUGGAAGUCUAGAAAAUCCUAAAUCUAGUAGAAAGUGAAGGUACAACAUUUCCUAAAAGAUCUGUAUGUAUUCAUCAUUCUCAUUUUAUACACAUUAGGAAAACUUGAGGAAAAGAUUUGUGGAAGUUACAGAAAUGAUUACUUCUUCAAAUUAUUUUAAAAUGGAAAGUGAAGCUCAGUCUAAUUAAAAAAAAACAUGAUCCAGCCCAUUUUCCUAGCGCACAUAAGUGAAACAUAAAAAAAAUUGCAUCUCAAUCAGUUUAUUGCAAUCAGAUCACAGUUAAUCCACACAAAUUUUCAAUUUUGUUUUUUUUCAAUGAACUGUUGUGAACUUGUGAAUUUGUAUUAUUGACCAAUAGAGUUGAGAAGUGUGAGGAGCUGCUGAUUCCAGACAUGUUUUUCCCCAAUCAGUACAUAUAUAUUAAGAUUAUUAUAGUGAAGUUGCUACCAUAAUCAUGUUAUGAACUUUAAUGGUCAGGUUUUAAUCAGAUGUUCUUGGACUCAUAUAUAACCAUGGUGUUUCUAUAUAACUGGUGUGUUGAUUUUGUUUUUCUUAGCACUGUUUUUGAAGUUUAUAUAAGAACAUAAUGCACUUUAUAUGAAAUUUGCUUUGCUGUAAGCUUUGUAGUAGUGAAAAAUAGAACUGUUUGAUGAGAAAUGUAAAGAUUAAUAUGAUGUAUAACCUGCAUAUAAUCACAAAGUGGAACUGAUUGUAUGGGUAAAAACUUGUACACUGUACUAAUACUAUUAAAUAAACACUAUAAAAUCUAA